AUGCAGUGCUUCAAAGUCCCAAAAAAAGUGUGUAAUGAGAUUAAUGCUGAGAUUGCUAAGUUUGGGUGGCGACAACAGCUGGAAGAAAAGAAAAUUCAUUGGUUAAACUGGUUGGAGCUCACUGUUAAAAAAGGAAACUGGGAGGUGGGGGGGGGGGGGUUAGGAUUUAGAGAUUUUAGCUUGUUCAAUAAGGCUCUCUUUGCAAAGCAGUGUUGGAGGCUGCUACAACAUCCUGACUCAAAUUGGACAAGGAUUUUCAAGGGCAGGUACUUCCCUGACUGUACUAUCCUGGAAGCUAGAAAGGGUUCGAGAGCCUCGUGGGUUUGGGCCAGCCUCCUUGAAGGGAGGGAUUUCUUAAAAGAGAACAUUAUAUGGCAGGUAUUGGAUGGGAAGGAGUUGAACAUUUGA